AUGCCCUGCUUCAAAGGGCUCGCUGUGAGCAUCCACACCCCGGAUGGACCGAUCUCCGAGUACUCGAUUCAACGCCAGUCCCGCGCCUCGCGGAUAGCUUGCUACAUCCCCGUCCCCCCCCCCAAGAUCCCCGAAGCUGGCAAUGGGAAGCCGGAACAAUCGACGUUUGCCAUCUCGAUCACGCUGCUGAACCCCGGUCAGGAUGUCCCGUAUUCUACGCCGAAACCGACGGCCGCUGAGCCGACUCCGAAGCCGAAAAAAGUGGGUGGGCUGUCUGCUACGACAGAGGAGCACGGGAAAUAUAGCAAUAGUGUCGCUCCCUACCAGGCCCUGACCAACUCGCCCAACGAGACCGUGGCAGCCUAUAUCUACUUUGACGGAAGGCAGAAGGAGGAGGUCGCCACCCUCCUCAGACGCGGCGAGGAGACGUGGGUGAAUUCGCGAUGGGUCAGCGUGCCCCAGUCUGAAGGUGGGGGCUUGGCUGAGCGGGAAUUCUUGUUCCGGGAAGUCGGUCUGGAACGAUGGCUCAACGGACUUGAUCUCGAGGGCAAGGACGUGGCCGCCAAGAUUGAACGGAGGCGGCAAAAGAUGGAGAAACGCCGCUUAAAGCGCGAGGCGGAGGCGAACGGAGGCAUGGAUCUGAACGGAAGACUUAACAAGGAGGACGGGAAGGGGGUCAUGCGCUAUGGUAACGACGAGAAGUCACCACUCGAGGACGUCUCCGACGACGACAUGUCCUCUGACUCGGACGACGAUCCUAUCCCGGAGUCUGCAGGACAGAUCAAAGUGGCUUUGGUCCGUGUGUUGGCGUCUGGGGAGAUCAAGCGGGGGGAAUACUCGCCGCAGUUCGACGCGCACGACGACGAUGAUGAUGCACAAGGUCAAGGAAACAAUGGAGCCGAUGAUAUUGACCACACAACAAGCUUUGCGAAGCCCAAAACCCUCGAUCCCAAAUCCAUCAGUACGCAGACCGUCACAGGAAUCGAUCCGGCGGAUAAGCCAUACGCUGUCUUCACGUUCAUGUACCGAGGAGAACGACAAUUGCAGAAAAUGGGAAUCCUGAAAGAUACCAAAACCCAGGAGACUCCCGCCUCGGUGAAACGGCGAUCGCUCCAGCCAGACUUUGCCAAUCUAGGCCCUCUCAAACCCGGUGGUGGGGUUGGCUUUUUGAACUUUCGCGACUCCGAAGAUAAGAGCAAAGGUCGCAGGAAGUCUGGAGAUGCGGAGAUGGAUAGCGAUGAUGACGACGACGACUCGAUUCUAGGCAAGGCUGAUGAAGAAGAAGGCAAGGACGCCAACCAGUUCUUGUCCCCCGACGAUAUCCAGCGACAGGGCGAGCUUGCAGAAGGCGUUCGUAAGAUCAAGCUCAAACGCCAGCACUCUGCCGAGCCUCUCGCAGCGAGCAAGGAAGAUACUUCUACUGCUGCUGCUGCUGCUGCUGCUGCUACGGCUGCUUCCACCGCCGCUACAAGCCCACCUGGUUCGAGAGAGUCACCUCUAGACUCAUCGAGUAUAUCUACUACCCCUCCCAAUGCGGCCACCACGACGAGCAGUGAGCUCGCCAAGGUAGCUGCUAACUCCUUGAAUGGCGAAUUCAUCGGCAGUCCUCUGAAGAAGCAACGAGCGAGUGUUUCCGGGCCCGACGAGAGCGCUCUACGCCGCCGCAUCGAGUCGGGGCUUGCCAACAACAUUGGCGAUGUGCUCAGUGGUGCUCCUGCAAUCCCUGCUAUCGAAGAGCCCAAACCUAGUAGCGCUCCAGAUACUUUCCAGGCACCAGCGCCAACACAACCGCCUGCGUCAAACCCGCAUGACGAAGACGAGGAGUUAUCAGCCGCGAUGCCGCUGACACGGUCGUCCGAUCCCCUCGUGUGGAUCGACUGUGAGAUGACCGGUCUUGACUCUGAAACCGACCAGAUCAUCCAGAUCUGCUGCUUCAUCACGGAUGCAGACCUCAACCUGCUCGAGCCCGAGGGGUUCGAAACCAUCAUCCAUCAGCCAGACGCAACCAUGUCUGCCAUGUCGGAGUGGUGUAUCGACACGCACAGCCGCUCUGGCCUGACAGCCGCCGUACAGGCAUCGACGAUAACCCCCUCUACGGCAGCGAGUAGCCUGCUCGCAUAUAUCCAGCGGUACGUGCCGCAGCCGCGCGUGGGCCUGCUGGCAGGCAACAGCGUGCACGCCGACAAGGCGUUCCUGGCGAAGGGACCCUACGCGGCGGUGCUGCAACACCUACACUACCGUAUCGUGGACGUCAGUACGAUCAAGGAGGCGGCGAGGCGAUGGGCAAGCGACGAGCUGCUGCGGGAGGUGCCGCCGAAGCGGGAGGUGCAUUUGGCUCGCGACGAUAUCCUGGAGAGUAUCGAGGAGAUGCGAUUCUACCGGGAGAAACUGUUCAGUAGCUGA